UUGUUUCAAAGUGGGCAAUAUUGGAAACAGAAUUUGAUAUUCGAUAUAAAAAUGAGUCUCGAUCCACUGCAUUUAUUACCAAUCAAUGGGAAAUGGAAACAGGACAUCACUGACUGGUUGUCUGAGGAUGUAGCAAGUUUCGAUUAUGGUGGUUAUGUUGUUGGUGAAGCUUUGACCGAUGCCACUUUAUAUUGUAAACAAAAUGCUUUGAUUAGUGGUUUACCCUUUGUUAAAGAGGUCUUCAAUCAAUGUGGAAUCCAAAAUAUCAAGUGGUAUUAUAAAGAUGGUGAUUAUAUAAAUUUAAACAAAGAAGGAAAAGUUAUAGUAGCUGAAAUUCACGAUACCCCAGUUAGAAAUAUUUUAUUAGCUGAAAGAUUAUCUUUAAAUAUUUUGUCCAGGUGUUCGGGAAUUGCUACAAAAUCUUUUAUAACCAUCACAAAAGCAAGAGAAUCGGGUUAUAAAGGGAUCAUUGCAGGGACAAGAAAAACUACUCCAGGUUUAAGACUAUUGGAAAAAUAUUCCAUGCUAGUUGGUGGAUGUGAUACUCAUAGAUAUGAUUUAUCUUCUAUGAUAAUGUUAAAGGAUAACCACAUCUGGUCUUUUGGCUCAAUUACCAAAGCUGUUCAAGCUGCUAAAAAAGCCGGUGGUUUUACUGUUAAAAUUGAAGUUGAAGUUCAAUCAGAGGAAGAAGCAAACGAAGCUAUAGAAGCUGGUGCUGAUGUUAUUAUGUUGGAUAAUUUUACCCCAAAUGAAUUAAAAAUUGCUGCAACUAACAUUAGGAAUAAAUGGAAUAAUGUAUCUAAUAAAUCUUUCCUAUUAGAAUGUUCAGGUGGUUUAACUUUGGAAAAUAUUAAAGAUUUUCUUUCCAAUGAAAUUGAUAUUUAUUCUACCAGUUCAAUUCAUCAAGGUUGUGGGAUUGUUGAUUUUAGCUUAAAAGUUGUUAAAUAGUUAUUUAUAAUAAAAUUAAUAAUAUAUAUAGACUUUUUUGUGUUUCAUAUUUGUUUUUUAUAUAUUUUUCUU